AAGCCCAAUGAGAAGUGGCUAUUUCCGCGAAAGUGGCGCGAUUUGAGACCUUUUUAUUUCAAAUUUAAAUUUUUAAUAAAACUUGCAUGUUAGUUUGUACACAUACAAUUUGUUAUGAAUUUCGACAAUACACAAUAGUAUUGAAAGUGAUUAGUAAUUCAAUAUAAGUAAAGACAAAAACAGAAUCACAUAAGACACACGAGUGUAGCCGUCAGCCACGGGCGCCGAGACUUUCCACUGGCGCAGCCCUGGCGGACAUCGCCCGCCCCAGUUGCCCCUUGGAUCGAACUAUUGCGUAGUCACGAGGAACGACCGUAGCCCCCGAGCCCUAUAGAUUGUGUCCUGUCAAAUUCAUUUUUAUUCGAAAUACGAAAAGUAUUAACAUGUCACAUUGAUUACAAUUCAACAAGGAAAAAGAUCGUAGUUGAAUAAUAAAAAUGGAAGAUUCCUACAUUAUCGCCAAUUUUCAUGCAUUGUGUCGCCUGUGUCUGAACAAAAGCACCCUCUCUGUCUCGAUUUUUGGUGCAGCACCCGACGACGAAACCAAUGUUUCUUUAACCUCUAAAAUAUCUGAUUGUUUCGAACUGCAGAUAGAUCCUAAUGAUGGCCUGCCUGGAAAUAUCUGUUACAAGUGCCUGUUUGAAGUAGACAAAUGCUCCAAAUUCAAACUCCAGUGUAUACAGAAUGAAAACAGACUGAGGCAAAUUACAAAUCAAGCUGGAGAAUUGGAUAACUCAAAUUCUUCGGAAGUUAAUAAUUAUUACAAUAAUACGAAAGAAUCUACAAGACCGAAGCCUGAAGAAUAUUUUGUCGGGGACAGUGUUGUCAUGGUUGUAGAUCCAAGUCUAGACUAUCACUCCGAAGAGUCAGAUGAUUCUGACAAUGCUGAACAAGUUGAACAUGAAACUGAAAUGGAAAACAUUCCUGAGGGUGACCCAAUGCCAGAAACAUUUUUCAAAAAUGUGUUUAUGUGUCAAUACUGUGACCAAGCUUUUGUAUCACAAGAAAAAUGCAAAGACCAUGAACAAAAUUACCAUGAUGCCAACUUACCAUACAAGUGUGUUGAAUGCAGUCUAGUUUUUGCAGAGCGAAGUCAAUAUGUGCACCAUACUAAACAUGUGCAUGGUAAUGAUAAACCUUACCACUGCCCUGAGUGUGAAAAAUGUUUUGGUAGACGAUCAGAUUUGAGGAAGCAUUCAAUCGUCCACACUGGCAUUAGACCUUACCAAUGUCAGUAUUGUUUCAAAAGUUUUUCACGGAAUACUAAUUUGAGUAAACAUCUUCGUAUUCAUGCUGGCCACAAACCACAUGUCUGCCCCUUAUGCCCUAGAAGUUUUGUAGCAAGAGGGGAUCUGCAACGGCAUGUAAUAGUUCAUUCAGGAAUGAAGCCAUUUCGCUGCCAAAAGUGUCCAUUGUCAUUUGGAAGAAGAGACAAGCUCCUUAAGCAUGAAAUGAAACAUGGCCAUGUAAGCCCUCAUCACAAGGCUGAUGAAUAUGGUAAUGACCAGGACACACAUGAUAUGGUAGUAAGUGUUAAUCCUUUCAGCAACCUAAUGACUUCACCACCUCAACUAAAUCCUGAUUCGUCUAAUAUGGACUAUGAACUACCUAGAGUUCCAGACCAUAUUACUGGAGAAAACAGUUUUAUGAAUCAAGCCUCCAAAAACCCUUCUACCACUGGUAAACAAACACAAAAUUCACCUACAAAACUGAAAUUAGGCAGUAAAAACAGACCAAAGAACAUUAAAUGUCAUCAGUGUCCCAAAAGAUUUUCUUCACUGGAUGCCUAUAAGACUCAUGUUUCUAUAGCUCAUGUAGGUUCCAGAGGUUUUCAGUGUAAAGUUUGUUUUAAGAAGUUUGCGAGAAAACGUGAUUUGGAUCGACAUACAGCAAUUCAUUCUGGGGUGAUGAAACAAUUUUCUUGCAGCCAAUGUGACAAGAAGUUCACAAGGAAAGACAAGCUAGACAAACAUGAAGAGUCUCAUGAGAGCACAGUUGUGAAUUUGCCUUGCAUUGAGUGUGGUGCCACUUUUGAGAAAAAAUCAGAUUUAGUUGCUCAUCUCAAAUCUCAUUUCACAGAUCAGUAUGACGAAAAGAACUCAGUAUCUCAGAUUAAAAAAGAAGAAGAAUCUGACUUCCAAGUGGAAGAUAGCUAUUAUGAUUUAGAGACUUGAGAUUUAAAUCCUGG